CUGGCCUCGAGGACGACACUGCGCUGUGUUGCAUCCGAUACCGAAUUCGGAGCAUACCUUGGACGACAACUCCCUCUUUCGUACCUGGAUCGGCGUUUUGGCGCGGCCGCCCCGGAUCGCGGCGUGGAAGUCUAGGCAGUGAGGCACGCUGAGCCACGCGAGCGAGCUGCUGCUGUCAGCUGGAGUACUGCACCGCAGUUGCGACAGCACGAACACUUGCAAUUGCUCUGCAUCAUGCAAGGCGCGAGUGCAGUGCAAUCCGACAUCUCGACAUGAGUCCUGGCACUUUAGGACUCCACUCCAUCCACCCCAUUCGCCCGCGGCAUCUCCAAAGCUGGUCGUAGCGCGCUAUGCGCCUCUCCAUACGCCAUCAACUUGCGCUUCUUCUGGUCUUCUCCUCCGUGGUAGGACUGGCCGCGCUCGCCAUAGCGACAUGGAUCACCAAUCACAAUUUCGUCCUGGACGUCACGGCCUCGCGGCUACGCACCACCGCCGUGCUCAAGGCCGCGCAGAUUGCCUUCAACCUGGAGCUCAUGCAAACAGCGGCCACCUUCCUCACCACCAGGACGAUUAUCCAGUCAGCUCUGGAGCGCUACAAUGAUGGCUCGAACACGACUGUCGAGAAUUGGGCCGAUGCUGCUACAGAUUUAUCAGCGACCCUCGGAACUGUUGGGCCUCUGACCAAUCCUCUAGUCCUCCAAGCUCAAGUCUUUUCGAGGAAUAUCUCGGGUCCCGCGGGAUCCGCGAGCGUUCUGAAUAGCACCGGCACCGGAAUCAACAUCGAACUUCCUUGGAAGGAUCCGCAAGGCAAUCCCGUAUUUUUGGGCGAUAGCCAAUAUGGCUACCCUUCCGCAUUGUACCCGAACUUGACAGUCACCCAGACUGGGAGCGGCGCUGCGACCAACUACAGUGCCACCUACAAUGGUCAAUCAUUAGGCCUGGCGUCAACACUCAUUCUCGGCCCUGUUUCGGUCAACGACACCUUUGCGUUGCUUUCACUUACGCUGCCAAUUGUAAACAAGGCUACUGACGAUGAUAUUUUGGGCUGGGUCACUGUUUUGACCGACGCCAGACUCAUUCGUCUGGUGCAGCAAGAUCAGCGAGGUCUGGGAGAUACCGGACAGACAUUACUUAUCGGACCCACCAAUACCACCAACCACUUCCCUCGUGGCGUCAUCGGUAACGAAGAAUUGGCUACCCAGGCUGAUGUUCAAUACUUGAUCCCGCUGAACGUUACCGUGGCAUCUCGCCACCCAAACCGGACCGCAGGAGCUCCCAAUCCACCUUUCAAGGCAGGCGCAUAUCCUGCUGUCGAACGUGCCAUUGUGGAGGACAACAGAGGCAUUGAUGAUGUCAACAGUAUGUUGCGGACGCACAAUGAAGCUGACCACAGCGUCUCUGUGAGUUACUCGGUCCCUCCCACGACUUUGGUAGAUUGGGUCGUGAUUGUGGAGCAGUCUAAAAGCGAGGUCUGGAAACCGAUCAACCAUCUCAGAGUCAUUAUCCUCGCGUGCUUAUUCGCAGUCAUGGGGUUCUGGUUGAUUGUAUCAUUUCCGCUUGCGCACUGGGCAGUGCUGCCCAUCAUCCGACUACGUGCCGCGACCGAGCAGACGACGGACCCACCAAAUAGUGCAGGAUCGUCUGAUGACCUGAGUCGCAGCUGCAAGACGGGAGAUGCGAAAUCUUGCUAUUCGAAUCGUGUGCACGGGAGACGUGCUGGUCUGAUAGAGACCAUCAUUCGCUGGAGAGGUCAACGCCGUGGAGGACUUCGCAUUGAGUCGAGGGACGACCAGCGCUUUCGAAUCCCGGGCAAAGUGCCAGAGAAGAAGAAAAUAUGGAUCCAUGAUGAAAUGACCGACCUGAUCAAGACCUUCAAUGAGAUGACCGAUGAGCUGUAUCUGCAGUACUCCAAACUCGAGGAGCGCGUGCGACAACGGACCAUCGAGCUCGAACACAGCAAGAAGGCUGCCGAAGCAGCAAACGAGAGCAAGACUCUCUUUGUCGCGAAUGUCAGUCACGAACUCAAGACUCCUCUCAAUGGUAUCUUGGGCAUGUGCGCUGUGUGUAUGGAGGAAUCAGACCCGAACAAACUGAAGCAGUCACUGGGAAUUAUCUUCAAGAGCGGAGAUCUACUCCUCCGGACGCUCACAGAUCUGCUCACCUUCAGCACCAAUCAGGUCGGCACUCAAGUUCUUAAGUUAGACGAGAAGGAAUUCUACCUUCGUGAUUUGGAGUCGCAAGUCAUAGCGAUUUUCGGCGAGCAAGCCAAAGAGAAGAAGGUUCAUCUGAGCGUGGUAUUUGAAGAGAUGCCAAUGGAGCGAUUCUCGUCACCGGAUCAACCGCAGCUCAAAGAACUCCCUCUGUUUGGUGAUAUCCACCGUAUGCUGCAGAUUGUGAUCAAUUUCACUUCGAAUGCUCUCAAAUUCACCCCACCGGAUGGCAGCGUGACAGUAACACUCCGGGCACUGAAGGAAGAGCCGCCCAGACGGCAAUCACUAGAUGCCCAGCCAGUACGGUUCUCGCCCGGACAUAAAAGCCAGAACUCGCAGCCUGGAACAUCUCCCGAUCCGAAAGGCACUGCGAACUUCAUCAACCCUCGGGAAUUGCCCCACGAGCGAUCGGAGUCUCCGCCACCUGGAUACGAUAUGUAUAUCGAGCUAGAGGUCAAAGACACAGGCCCCGGCAUCCCAGACGAGCACAAGCGGACCAUCUUCGAGCCCUUCGUGCAAGGCGAUGCUGGUCUGAGCAGGAAGCACAGCGGCACGGGUCUUGGACUGAGCAUAUGUUCGCAGCUGGCAAGUCUGAUGCGAGGCUCCAUCAAAUUACGCAGUAAAGUGGGCACCGGAAGCACUUUCACUGUCAAGCUACCACUUCGAUGUGUUACUGGCAGGAAGAGUGCACGCAGUUCGCUAUCACGGAAGUCAUCACACGAGGUCGCUGCAACUGAGGGGCAACAAAGUGUGCGGGUCCCAACCAUAUCUAGCAUGACGGCUCAGCACUAUAACUUUCCACCUACCAUACCGGCAGUAAGCGUAUCUCCUGCAUCAAAUGGGUCGCCGCCGCCACUAAACAGCACUCCGUCCUCGCAAGCCAAGACUAUCAGCAAAGCGGGCAAAGACGUCAAAGCCAGCAAAGAGGCCAAGCAUGACUUCAGCAAAGUGAGGAUACUGGUUGCUGAGGACAAUAAGGUCAAUCAGCAGGUCAUUGUGAAGAUGCUGGAGCUGGAAAAAAUCUUCGACGUCACCAUCGCAGGCGACGGACAGGAAGCCUUGGAUCUGGUGAAGACGAACUCAAGCCCAAGCGAACGCACAAAUUCAUCUACAGGAGACGACUCGUCGACACUUGUAGAAGAUUCUUCGACUUCAUCUACUUCUCCAAGGCCAAGAACUCCUUAUGACCUCAUCUUCAUGGAUGUCCAGAUGCCAAAUAUGGAUGGAUUGACUUCCACGAAGCUGAUCAGGCAGUACGGAUAUGCGGGACCUAUUGUGGCACUCACUGCAUAUGCGGAGCAAAACAACGUCGACGGCUGUUAUCAAGCAGGCAUGGACUACUUCCUGGCCAAACCGAUCAAGCGACCACUGCUGCGCAAAGUCCUGACGGAAUACUGCGCGCCCGCACCCAAUGAGGUUGGCAGUCCCGUGGGCAGUGCAUCACGACACAUUGCGACAGAUUCGCAGAGCACGGCCGGACUUGACACAAAAGACCCACCCUCUACGCCGUCUCCUUCCGAAGCGAAAGAGACGCGCGAGGGAAUAGAGAUGAGCCACGUCGAGAAUGGCCACCUCCAGGUCCAGCAUCCCACGAGCCCGCCGGCUGUGUGAGACACUAUUUCUCCUUCUUCUCUAUGAUAUUACUUUUUUUUUUGGCGUGUUUUGUGACAUUUAGCGCUGGCGUUGGGGGAAAACAUAGACGCUCAGGAAAAGAGCUGUCGUUGUGCUCGAGCACAUGGGUAUAUACAUAUCUAUUUCUGUGGGUGGAGGUUUAUUACGGCGAGAUCUUUCACGAUCAUCGAAAGAAAAGCGGCGAUAGUGUACGAAAACCGAACAGACGUUGCUAAAAGCAAAUUUUGCUGCCAUAAUGCGUUGAUUACACGCUGUAGAUCGUGGCUUCUCUAGAGCUGAAUGCGACCUCAUGACCACGGCGGCA